CAUAAAAAUGACAAUUGUGACAGCGGUCAAUAUAAAAAAUAAUCUUUGAGCGUGUUGUUUGAAACAAUCUAAGAUAAUAAAAUGGAAAAAAACAAGAAAAUCCCUUCGACGGCUACCUGUGAAAAAUGUGAAAUUCAAAAUAAACUGAUUCAAAAGUACUCCGACGAAAUUGUCGACUUGCAGCGUCAAGUGUCGACACUAUCAGCUCGUCUACUAAAAUAUGAAUCCGAUCCUCCUGCUGAAGCAUUUUGCGUGGUGAAAAUCGAAAAUAAAUCCGACGACGAGUCCGAUCAAAAUUCCGUGCAGAAUGCUGACGACACAGACGAUCGCAAAGAUGCGAUCGAAUUUAAUUCAGACACAUCAAGGGAUGAAUACCCCGAAAAUGAAUAUGAUUCAGAGGAAGCGAAUCCAGAUGAGGACGACGAAUCGUCCGAAGAAGAGGUGAAGAAAGUGGUUCGAUCCAAAAAGAGCACGGCAAGGAAGAUGAGAAAGUGCAAGACAUGUAAUGAGGAGUUUUCGUCAAGCAGAGCGCUGCUGCGACACAAUCACGAAAUACACGGUGAACCAAUCAAAUUUAAGUGUGACCGUUGCCCAAGGCAGUUCUUCGACAGUAAUUCGUUGAAGAAACACAGCGGUACCAAUCACAAAUCGGCAACAGAAAAGGAAAAGCCGCGGUUCUUUUGUGAUACGUGUGCAAAGUCGUUCACUUCAAAAUCAGUUCUGUUAGUUCAUAAACGAAUUCAUACAGGGGAAAAACCGUACAAAUGCAAAAGCUGUGAUAAUUGUUAUGCUCAAUCGUCAUCACUGAAAAUUCAUGAACGCACGCAUUCGAUGGAGCGACCGUACAUGUGUCAUUUGUGUUCCAAAACGUUUCUUCAUCGCAGUUCGUUCAAUCUUCACAUAAAAACCCACGGCGACAUUCGUCCACAUAAGUGUCACAUAUGUGAAAAGGCAUUUCUACAAAAAGCUAAGUUAGCUGUACACAUGCAGUCACACACUGGGGAACGUCCGGUGAAGUGUCCGGUGUGCGACAAGGGCUACACAAAACGGUAUCACGUCCGAAAGCAUUUAAAGAAUUUCCAUAAGAUCCUGGAUGUUGAUGCCGUGCUCGGUUCGCGUAAAAGAGGUUUCGAACGAGAACCGGUACCAUACCAGUCACUUGCAUAUCAUAAACUUGAAGCAGUUCAGAUAAAGAAGGAAUGAGAGUUUAGUGUUUUUUUAUAGGUUUUUGUGGCUACUUUAGGACUUCGUAAAUAAAAAUUUUCUUAUUUUUAAGAAUU